AUGUCCGAGCCAUCCAUAGAAAACUACACGAUUGGUUGGAUUUGUGCCCUGCAGGAGGAAUUUGAAGCGGCAUGCCGCAUGCUCGACGAGGAAUUCGAGGGUCCAGAAACAAGCCACAUAAAUGAUAAAAAUACCUACGUGUUUGGUCGCAUCGGUGAACGCACCCGCGAACACAAUGUGGUCAUUGGAUGUCUCCCUGAUGGGCGAUGCGGUAUUGGGUCGGCCGCAGUUGUCUCUCAGGACAUGGUCAGGUCGUUUCCUAGCUUGAAGUUCGCUUUGAUGGUUGGCAUCGGGGGAGGUGCUCCGACGCCAGACAGAGACAUUCGCCUCGGAGAUGUGGUUGUCAGCAGACCACAAGGCAAUCUAGGAGGAGUGAUACAAUACGACUAUGGGAAGAGGCUGUCGAAUGGUCAAUUCCAGCAGACGGGCCAGUUGAACUCUCCUCCACCGGUGCUGCUGGGAGCGAUUCCUGAGAUGAAACGCCGACAUAACGACCCUAAGAAGCCAGAUAGGAUACUGGAACACCUCAGGCUAAUGGACGAUAUGCCCGAAUAUAAACGCCCUGCCGAAGAUCGACUAUACCGUGCCGACUAUCAACAUAGUGGUGGAAUAACCUGCGAGAAUUGUGCGGCAAACGGGCUUGAGGUGCGACCACCGCGGGAGACCAAACGAGCAAUCACUGUACACUAUGGCAUCAUUGCAUCUGCAAAUUCCGUUAUGAAGAACGCCGAGGAAAGGGACAUAUAUGCUCGAGAUCCAGACUUGAAGGUCUUAUGCUUUGAGAUGGAAGCCGCCGGUUUGAUGAACCACUUUCCGACUCUAGUGAUUCGAGGAAUCUCUGAUUAUUCGGAUUCGCACAAGAACAACGAGUGGCACAGAUUUGCAGCACUCGCAGCGGCUGCUUACGCGAGAGAGAUUCUUCAUGUUCUAAAACCGACUAAGGUGACAGCACUUCCAUCAUGGGCCGGCCAAUACAAACAGAUAUUGGAGACUUUGGAUACGAAGGUCAACAAGAUUUCAAGUGGGGUUCAAGACAUGCGAUCGCGGCAACUCGAUCAAGAUCAUCAAGUCAUCUUCGAUUGGAUUACUCCUUUUAACUACGGCAGUCAACAGAGUGACUACUUCAAGAAAAGUCAACAAGGAACUACCCAAUGGUUUUUAGAGUCGGCAAAGUAUCAGUCCUGGCUAGAUACAAAUGGCAAGACACUGUUCUGUCCGGGCAUUCCAGGGGCUGGAAAGACGACAUUAUCGUCCAUCAUAAUUAACGAUCUCCACACGCGAUUCUCUGACAACCCUGAUAUUGGGAUCGGUUAUAUUUACUGCAACUUUCGGCAGGAGGAAGAGCAAACGAUUGACUAUCUUUUAGCGAUUCUGGUUAAGCAACUAAGCCGGAGCCGGCAUUACCUGCCAGAGAGUGUUAACUCUCUUCAUGGCAAGCACAAGAAGAAUGCGACACGUCCAUUAGCCAAGGAAUUAUCGGCGACCUUACAAGAUUUGAUUGGGUUAUAUACAAAGGUUUUCAUUAUCGUCGACGGUCUUGACGAAUGUCGCGCACUUGAUGCACUUUUGUCUGAAAUCUUUAGACUCCAAGACGGGUCCAUGAUAAAUCUUUUAGCAACGUCAAGGCCCAUUGCCGACAUCACCAAGGCUUUUCGACAGACUCCAUGUCUUGCAAUCCGCGCGACCAAGGAUGAUGUCAUCCUGUAUGUCGAGAGACACAUAGGAAUGCUGCGGCCAGUCGUCACAACCAAACCGCGGCUUCAGGAACUGAUCAAGACAGUAGUAUCAGACGCCGCGGACGGAAUGUUUCUCCUGGCCCAUAUUUACCUUCACUUCUUCAGUGACAAGCUGACGGAGAACGACGUUAGAAGCGCCUUGAAAGAGAUCCAGAAGCAAAAGCAGGCAUCUGGAGGUAACAAGCACAAAUUGCUAUCGAGUGCCUAUGAUACAAUGAUGGAGAGAAUCAACAGACAAAAACUAGGCUUGCGAGAGCUCGCGAUCCAGGUUCUCUCGUGGAUUACUUACACCAAGCGACAGCUUACGAUAAUAGAGCUUCAGCAUGCCCUAGCCACCAAACAGGGCAACAGAACGCUAGAGUCUGGAGAUAUAGUGCCCGUUGAUGACAUAGUCUCAGUAUGUACUGGAUUAGUCACAGUGGACCGAAGAAGCGAUAUCAUUCGACCCAGUCACUACACUACGCAACAAUAUCUUCGUGAUAAACUGAAGGAAUUAUCUCCAAACGCUGAGUAUAGCAUUAUGACAACUUGCUUGACGUACUUAUCAUUUGACGUCUUCAAAGGCGGCUUCUGUCGAACGGAUGAAGACUUUGAAGAGCGGAUGAGGUUGAACCCGUUCUACCACUACUCUUCAUGCUAUUGGGGCAGCCAUGCUUAUGACAUCAAAACUUUGAGUCGAGCAGCCAUUGACUUUCUCGAAUCCACUACAAGAGUAGAGUCAUCGGUACAAGCCCUGAUGACUCCAAAUCUUGCAGGGGCGCUAUGGAACCCAGGAUAUAGUCAAAAGGUUCCAAGGCAACUGUCUGGACUGCAUUUGACGGCUUUUUUUGGACUCGAGGACGGCGUGCAUGUCUUUGGGUCUAGCUGCUGUACCUUGAACGCGAGGGAUAGUGAUGGUAGGACUGCGUUGUCCUAUGCAGCAGAGAAAGGGCACGAGAGAGUCGUCAAACUGUUUCUCGACAAAGUUGGCCUCGAGAUUGAUUCUAACGAUAAGUGUGACCGAACGCCGCUGUGGUGGGCCGCCAUACGAGGGCAUGAGGCGAUCGUCAAGCUACUUCUUGAUACGGGAAAAGUCGAUGUUGAUGCUCAAGAUCGAAAAGGUCGGUCACCGCUCCGAUGCUCCGUUGACCAUGGUCAUAAAGCUAUUGUCAACUUACUUCACGAUGUGGGAAAAUGCGACCCAAAUGUUCAAGAUGAAUUGGGCCAAACAGCACUCUGUUGGGCUGCCAAACGAGGCCAGGCAGCCAUGGUCAAACUGCUCCUCAAUAUGAGUGACGUAGAUGUCGAUUCUGAAGAUGAUUUUGGUCGAACACCGCUGUGGUUGGCUGUCGAGAAAGGACACGAUACUAUCGUCGAGAUGCUUCUGGAUGCAGGACAAGCCGAUGUUAAUACUACAGCCGAUGAUAGUAGCCAAACAAUAUUCUCGUGGGCCUCCAUGCAUGGACGAGAAUCUAUUGUUAAGCUGCUACUUCGUACGGGAAAGGUCCACGUCGAUACUAGAGAUGCUCACUAUAGCCGUACGCCGCUCUCAUGGGCUGCCAUGCGUGGGCACAAGGCUAUCGUGGAACUUCUUCUCAGUCUCAAAGGGGUUGACGCUGAUGCUCAAGAUUCUACUCAUCGAACCCCGCUUUCGCUGGCUGCUGAAAAAGGGCAUGAGGCUAUUGUGCAUCUACUUCUCAAUACUGGAAGAGUCAAUUUGGAGGCUAGGGAUAAUCUUUUCGGUCAGACGCCGCUUGAUUUUGCUAUUGAGCAAAAUCGCACGGCCAUUAUCAAUAAGCUUCGUAACUACUAA